UUCUUCACCUCUCCACUUCUUCGUUCACAUAUUUGAACUGAGAUACCUUUCCCCUGGCCCGCCUUGGAGGAGUUACGGCUCAUGGAAUAACUGCAUUAUAACACAUAUUUUCAUUUUUGAUACGUUUCUGGGUUUUUUCCCCACAUACUGUUCUGUAAUAGGGGACGCGCUCCCAGGACAGGAGAGACUUUUCUGGCUUAUUCUCCUUAACAUUUAUUUUUUUUUCCUCGUCGGAUUUUGGUGGUUGGGGGGACACAUGCGAUGUCACGCACUAUUAAACGAAGGAAGAAAUGCUAUGAUGAUAUGAUAUGAUUAGUUUUGUGGUUGCCGUGCGAAAGUGUUAUUUGAGUUUAUUUUUUUAAACCAGUUGAGCAACUGGCGACAGGACUCUAUAAUCAAUGUGGUGUCAGCUGGAAGGACGCGGGGUCCGGAUCUCACCUAAACGCUGAUACGUCUUGGGAGUGAUGCACUGGCUUCCCCUGGUUGCCAUGGUGAUUGCCUCGGCCCUGCCCUUCCCUCACAAACCCGUGUCCAGGAUUGCUGCCGCGACAACAGAGCCUGGCUUCGACAACAGCAGAGAGCACCGUCAUGACCCGGCCGCUAGCCUCGCAGCUCCCCCUGUGGACUACAGCUUCCAUGGAAAUGCCUCACAAGCGGACUUCAACACGGCGGCUACUCUUGGCCAACACACCAACAGACAAAACCUCCAGAACCGUAAGGAUUAUGUGAAAUCCUCCGUACGUGAAGAGACUUCCACAUUCAAAGUGGAGAAUCAAGGAACCUACCACUCAAAUAGCAACUCAGGCAGCGACGACAAAAGCAGUGUCAGUUUGGAUGUUCCCACAGAAGGAGGAACACUCAGGACCGAGGAUAUUUCAGACGAUAAUUCCCUAACAAAGGACUACAAAGCUGACAGCAGCAGCAGCAGCAGGCGAGAUUACUCAAGUUUUGUGGACUUUUCCAAGAAGGACAAUCUUCAGGACUCUACUGAUAGACCGUUGCAUGUUUCUGCAGCAGAAAACCAUAAUGCCGUCAGUCCUUCUGCAACUGUAAAAGGUCAAAGAAGACCAGAACCGACGGUUCCUUCAGAGCAGCUGAGAGAUACAUCAACUAUCAGGACGGAGAACAAGCAGACACCUGGAGCUGGAAACGGCCUGGCUGAGGACAGCUUGACCCUGGAGGCAGGGCUGGGUCUGGGGACCGGGCUGGACAGCAUCCUGGAAGGAGACGAGAUGUUUCUGGAUGCACAUCCACGAGUCCUGUUCUCACCCUCCCUGUCUCCUCCAGAACACCCCCCUCUACUGCUCAUGUUGGAGACUGGCCUGCUGGAGGAGGACAGGGAGGAUCAGGAGGACAUGGACGGACACAUAGAGGGUCAUGGGGACCGGGCAAUCGACAGGAGCACGACCGUGAGCUGGGCGGAUUCUUCCAGAGUUGCCGGUGAGGUUGCCCAUCCCGUUAAAAGGGAUAAACGCUCGCACUUGAUCGACAGACGGAGAGGAGAAAAGUCAGUGUGCGAGUCGGAAAGUGUGUGGGUCACCGACAAGAAGACCGCCAUCGACUCCCACGGUCAGAAGGUCACCAUCCUGCAGGAAAUCCAAACCCAGACAGGACCACUCAAACAGUACUUCUACGAGACUCGCUGUCGCCAGGCCGAGCAGCAGAGCAAUGCUGGCAGGUCAAGGGGUGGCAGUGCCGCAGCAAAAUCCCUGGGGACGGGCGUCGCCGGGGCCGGCUGCUUGGGUGUAGAUAAAAAACAGUGGUUGAGUGAGUGCAAGGCAAAGCAGUCAUAUGUACGAGCGCUCACCAAAGAUGCAAACAACAGAACCGGAUGGAGGUGGAUCCGCAUCGACUCGUCCUGCGUCUGUGUGCUGCUGUCCAGAGCCAAUCAGGCACUGGGGAGGGAGACUUUGACGAGGAGGAGCCGAGGCUGAGAGAGAGAGAGAGAGAGAGAGAGAGAGAGAGAGAGAGAGUGGGGGGGAUGGCAAGAAGCAGAAAGUGACACACAGCAGAGCAGCUGUGACAUCCCUCUGUGUGCACUUUCACUUUGCAGGUUUCCUGAGAGUGAUGGAAGUUAUUCCUGCCUUAAUCCACAGUUUUUUCUCUCUUUUCCGUUCCCUCCAUCCACCACAGCUUCAAAUGACUUUUGAAAAAAACAAGAAGACCUCAAUACUAGAUCUUAGGGAAAAUUGUCAUUUAUAGAGAUUAUACUUUAAAAAGUACUGUUUUUGUAUGAUUUAUCUUUCAUAACCUAAGUUAUUUUUGAUUAGUAUGUAAGCAUGUGUAUGUCUUUGAUAUUAAUAUAUUCCUUUAUAUAUGUGUACAAUAUGACACCACUAUACCUUUAUGUAUGAAGCUAUGUAUAUCUGUGUGUAUUUAUAGAAGAAGUGUCUGAUGAUAAUUCCAGCCUCUGGUCCACUCGGGUUGUGAGAGGAAGGAGCGCCACCUACUGAGGCUCCAUGUUACAGCUCCACACUGUUUCCAUAUAGAUUACCAUGAAUGUCGUGCCUUUAGAGUCUGAUGGGGAAAAUGUAUUCGAUGCACAAAUCACAGCGUGGGCACAUUUUUGCAUGAUUUCACUCAGGCUGGUGAUCUGACAGUUUUGUGGCAGGAUGAAUCUCUGUCUGUGGAACUCGUUAAAUGUGGUUCAUUAAUGUAAAAGCGUGUGGUCUGUCGAUUAUACAAUUACACCUAAAGAAGCACAUUUUACCAUCUGAUGGUUUGUUCUGCCAAACAUGGUAAUAAAGGAUCUUUGUACUCAUUAUUUUCGUACAGCUUAAGUGAUGUAAAAUGUACAAACUGACUUCUCAAAGUGCUCUGGGAUUUAUUUGCUAAAAAAAAUGUAUCAUUCAUAGUAAAUCUAAAGUAUUUUACUGCUGUAAUCUGCUGG